UUAUGUUGAGGUGUUGACGACGCUGAAAUGAUCUCCUCUCUAAGUGCGCGCCAGCUGUUGGGUUAACACUGGCUUGUCAGUGUUGUGACUCGAGUGCUGCAUCUCAGUGUAGCUGCGACGCCAAAGCCACUGAUUAAAUGUGAAGUAUUGUUGUAGAGGUGACACCAUGACCACAGAAAUGCAGGAGAUCGCCAUCACAGAGGAAAAGCCUUUACUCACGGGUCAGGCUGAUACUAAGGAUGCUGAACUGGCUGCCAGGAUACUCCUGGACCAAGGACAGGAGCACAGCAUCGAGACCCCACAUGGUGUUCUGCACGUGACCCUCCACGGCACACGGACCACCCGCAGGCCUGCAAUCCUCACCUUCCACGAUGUGGGUCUGGACAGCAAGAGCUGCUUCUCCCCUCUGUUUAAGUUCGAGGAGAUGCAGGAGAUUGUGAAGAAUUUCACCCUGAUUCACGUUGAUGCUCCAGGGCAGGAGGAGGGGGCUGCUGCCUACCCCGCAGGUUACCAGUAUCCCUCCAUGGACACCGUAGCAGAGAUGAUCCCUGCCGUCCUGCAGUUUUUCAACUUCCGUACCGUAAUCGGAGUGGGUGUGGGAGCAGGAGCGUACGUCCUCUCCAAGUUCUCACUUGCAAACCCUGACUCAGUGGAAGGCCUGGUUCUGAUCAACAUCGACACUAACGCCCGAGGAUGGAUAGACUGGGCUGCUCAGAAGCUCAGCUCUGUGACAUCCUCCCUCACGGAGCAGAUCCUGUCCCACCUUUUCAGUCAGGAGGAGCUGUCAUCAAAAGAUCUAUUGCAGUCUCACAGAGAGCGCAUCUCCAAAGCCUCUAAUCUGGUCAACAUAGAGCUUUUCUGGAAGACUUACAACAGUCGCAGAGAUUUGAACAUUGACCGCAACAGCUCCUUCAAGUGUCCAGUAAUGUUGGUGGUGGGCGAUCAGGCUCCAUAUGAGGACGCAGCCGUGGAGUGCAACAGCAAAAUGGACCCAACAACAACCUCAUUCUUAAAGAUGGCUGAUGCUGGUGGUCUCCCUCAGCUGACCCAGCCUGCUAAACUGACAGAGGCUUUCAAGUAUUUCAUCCAAGGAAUGGGCUACAUGGCUUCAUCUUGCAUGACCCGCCUGUCCCGCUCCCGCACCACCUCCCUCUCCUCCUCCUACUCCAUGGAUGGCUCCCGCUCCCGCUCCCGCACCCUGUCCCAGGGCUCGCAGGGCGGCCAGAUGCCACCUAGCCCCUCCCAAACGAUGGAGGUGUCUUGCUGAAGGAAAAAAUGAAAAAGAUGAGCGAGAGAUGUGUGAGAGUGAGAAAGAAGAGGGCAAAGCGAAAGGAAGGGAAGGAUGAAGCAUGACAAUAAUGCAGGAACAAGACGAAUGGGUUACUUAUUUGUCACUAAACAACUCCCAUCAUUCCCCACGAGUGCAGAAUAGGAAUAGAGACAGGGGGAGGGAGGGAGAAAGAGGAAGAAAACCUCCAAAUUUUGCACCACAUACAAAGCCCACUCCCGCUCCUCACAUCCCCCUUCCAGCUUAAAACAAAGUGGAUUAGGCUGUUCUGCAAUGAACUUUAGAAGUAUAGGCUAGAAGAGAUUAAUAAAAAAGAAGGGGGGGGUGUAGGGAAGGAGUGGCAACCAGUUCUCUCUCUCUCUCUCCCUCUAUUGGAGCCUCUGUAAGCCAAUAGAGCCCUUUAAUUUAGAUAAGGAGGCCUAUAGAGGUCACACACCUUGCGUUAACAAAUAGUAAUAAUUCUGAAAAACGGUAUUGUUCUUGAUGCUGAUGAUAAUGUUGUUGAUGAUGAAGCUAAUGAUGAUGAUGAUAAUGUAAUAGAAAAACAACAGUAACACUUUUCUCUUUAUUACGCAAUGAGUUUAAAAUGACAUAGAGUAAAAAAAAAAAAAACAUACUAUAGAAGAGAUACUUAUAACAAUGUGUGUCUACUACUUUUUAAGCUAGUUUUUAUUGUGUUAUUUUUAUUUCUUCGAUCGGAUUUUAUUUUUUAUUCGUAACCUCCCUCAGCAAGGGCCGGAAGCUACUGAUUGGUUGACCCGUCAUGCGGUAUCAGCCAGUGAGAGCCAUUAUAGUGACUACUUCCUCCUUGUUGUUGCCAGGUUGUUUAUGUCUUCCAUUUGCCCCGUCUAUAAGUGACUGUUUCGUUUUCCCAUUGGAUUCAAGAAGGUGGGCAGGAAGCUUUUUUUUAUUUGGUUGUUUAUUUUUUUCUUUCUUUUGGACUGUGCGGAAGUUGCAUGCCUGGUAUCAGCCCAUGUGAAUAUUGACUGGACAAUAUAUAUUUUUUUCUUUUAUAUUCUGCUAAUGAGUUGUGUGGAUAUGGAUGUGUGUGUGUGUACGUGCUGUCAUGUUUGACGCUUGUUUAAACGAACGUGACGGUUUUGAAGGUAGGCAUAGGUGAGACUGAGGGUGUUUGUGCGCUUUAGCCAGCUAUCACCCUAUCAUUAACACUAGUCGCACACUAAAUAGUGCUUCCAAUAUCGCUGGCGGUCUCGCACUGCGUGUCCUAAUAUCCACGCUUGUGUACUACUCAACAGGGAGCAUUACAUCACUCAGUAGCAUGCCGGUUUGGAUAUUGCAUUGAAGUGUUAGGCAUGGCCAGAAGGGAUCACUGUGUUUUAUCAUCUGGGUUGUAAAAGCUCUUAGCCUUGCCCGUGCAUGGAUACCUCCUAACAAACCCAGCUAGAAUACUUGAGUUUCUGUGCGAUGUGAGGGAAAAACGAACACAGGCUCCUCUCUAGCAACAAGCGGCUUUAUUUCAAGCAACAGGGUCAAGAGAAUUGUGUUUUGCAUGUGGUCGUUGCGAUGUAUGUGCGUGAGCGUAUGGGUGCGUGUCUGUGGAAGUGAAUGUGAGGCGUAUCGAAGCGCUUUUAUCCUGUAAGCACAAUUAAUGCAGCAAGGAGGGCCUAUGGAAAAGUUUAGGAAUCCGUUUUGAGACCAACGAAAAGCCCCUGUGAAAUAUUAGCGACAAUGUACCAGCCCCUUCACUGCCAACACACUCAGAAAAAACACACUUUGCCACCAGGGCUGCGCCUUUUUGGUACAGCUUCAGUCAUAAGAGGCAAGUUUUUAGAGUGAAAAAUUAUCAGCCAAUAUCUGCACCUUUAAAAAAAACCUUAAAGGAAUUGCAGCCAAUAAGCAAUAUUACUGCCAAAACUAAGAGCCCCAUAAUGCGGGCAAAUUCUGUCCAAAUUGUGCGAUAAGAAAUGCUGUAAACUGAAUUUGCAAAAGAUUGUAAAAUGUCUGACUGAAAAUUCCUUCUAAAUAGGUAAUAUUUCAGCAGCGGAUAAACACAAAGCUUGCCACUGCCCUGUGACGUGCAGCCAUUGGACUGACCGUACUUUUUAAAGGACCCGUAUUUGGACCCGAUCCGAUAUCCUUGGAGAGCAUGUGCAUUCGUAAGCGUGCCGCCUUUGUGUUUCCGAUGCAGUGUUGCAUCUGAUUAUUUCUUUUUUUUCUUUAAUAAGCAUUUUUAUGAGUCAGUUGGAGGUUUGCCUGUUUCUUUCACAUGCUGUCUAGUGCUCCUUUCCUGAACCUGAUGAAGUAGAAAUGUAGGAAAAAAGGAAAGUCAGUGGAGGGCCUCAGAUUUGAGCUUCGAAUAGAAUGGUACUUGGGAGAUAUUAAUGAUGGUGAUAGUGACGACAACAAUCAUCUGUUUUAAGUCUGGCCCAUCACAUAGUGCAAUUCACAACCAGCCUUUGAACCGCUAACCACUGUCGCAUUUAAUAAGGCGACAGCAAAUCUUGAUGUUUAGAAGAUUUUGUGCGUUAGGGUGUAAAUGCAAAAUGUGAUGUCAGACUAGGACGAAGGCACUUAUAGAAUGUAAAUGUUCCCUGACUUCAGUUUAAACUCAAUCGGGCAUGGGAACGUCUACCAAAUAAGGGAUAAUGGGUGGAGCCUGGAAAGUAAAAUUGCCAAAUAAGGAAAAGGAGUGGUCCUUCUUUGAGGAGAGUUGAGCAGGGCUGUGUGAUUGUAAAUGCUUGUCCAUUUUGUCUUUGGUUUUGUCUCUUUAAUUUUUACUUAAAUCAUUUAUUUUCUUUCCCCUCAAUCUUUUGGAAAUUACAUUUUUUUGUUUGAUCUCUGUGAAGUGUUAGUUUACCGUCCCAAUGUGCUCACAAGUUAGUUAACCGUGUGAUAGUUCUUGUGUAACUUUUUUAGCAUUAGCGCUGAUAAGGGAGAAUAAUAUAAUUAACGGUAAAAAAAAAAAAAAAGAAGAUUAAAGUUAAAGAGAAUACAAUCAAAUUACUUGUGUGGCUAAUUUCUCUGUGUAAAACAAUGGACAUCCUUAAAAAAGCAAACUUAAAUAUUAAUAAAAGCUUAAGAGAAA